UGACUGGAAGGAGCCUGGCUGCACCUCUGUUAGACCCCAUUUAAGGGCUGACUGCCACUGGGGGAAGAAUCUCUGGUUGGUGACCCCUCCUUUGUGUGUUUUCCCUGCAAGCUUAACUCUUUGGAGGGUGAUAACAGCAGUGACAAAAGCCCACUUCCAACGGUACAGAGACACAUCCAGAUGUGAGCUUCUAAUCACCACCAAGGAAGUACCCAGAAGAUGCUGGGUAUCAAAAUCAACUUGAAAUCACGCUUGAAAUCCGUAGGAAUUGCGCUUUGAGCAAGAAGCGAUUUGCGCUAGCAUACGAUCCACGCGAUCCAGAGGAAGAGGCUCUGCUGUGCAGCCGGACGCAGCAUAGCCGUGGGCGGGAGCUGCCGCCCUGCUGCCUCCUUCCCGCCUUGCCCGUGCAGCGGGGCCAGUGCGCUCCCUGCCCGCGGACACUCGCAACCUUUCUACACAACUACAUGCAGUGAAUCUUCUAGCUGCUCAUGUCAGUCCCUGAGCUGCAAGCAUCAGACUUUCAGAAGCAUGUCCACUUUAAACAUUUUGUUUUACAUGUACCAGCCCAUCCAUGAGCAAAUGCUAAAUGAGAGAAAAAACUGCUGUUUUUAGUUCUGUCCAUAAAUGUGGACCUUUGAGGGACAAUCCAGAAAGCUAAAACCUUCAUAGCUUUUGCCUGAUAAUUUUUAGCACCUCGACUUCAGCUCUAUCUCUACUGCACAACAGGAGAUGGAAAACUUGUCAUUCACCCUAGUAAAGUAGAUGCUCUCUUCCAAAAUGACUUUUCAAGCCCUGGUUUUGAGUCUGGUUUGUGUUGUGCUCGGAAAAGCAAAAGUGAUUACGCAGACUGAGCAAAGAGUGGUGAAGGUGGGCGACAGCGUGACUUUCAGUUGUACCCUGACAGAGCCCGAGGACGUCGUACAAGUGACAUGGCAGAAAGACUCUGUAAAAUCACAAAGUAACAUAGCUACAUACAGCAAGUCAUCAGGAUUAAAGAUUCAGAAGCCCUACCAAGACCGGAUGAAUUUCACCAGCCUGAUGCUCAACAACACAAACAUCACUUUCUCAAGUGUGAGAAUAGACGACACAGGGUGUUACUUGUGCUUGUUCAACACCUUCCCGUUAGGCUCCUUUUCGGGACGUUCUUGCCUUGAAGUCUAUGGUCUCAAUGGAUCUAUCCAUUACAACAUUUCAGAAGGUCAUCUGAUAGCCACCUGUAGUGCUGUUGGCCUACCAGAGCCCACCAUCAGCUGGAACAGUGUAUUCAAUUAUACUUCUACACAGGAGAAGUUCAUAUAUGAUAAUGGGGUUGUGUCCAUCACCAGUCAACUGAAGGUCUUUGACUCUCAGAACAUCAGCAAGGAGGACUUGAUCUGCAGAGUAAGCAACGAAAACGAAGAAAUGGAGUUGCCCAUGAGUAUGAAAAAAAAAGAGGGAUUCAGGUUCUUGGGUCUGGCUAUUGCUGUGACUCUUUCACUUGUCAUCUUGGUCCUGGUUCUCACUGCACUGUGUUGGAGGAAGAGGAUAUGUAAGAGGAGUUGAAGUGAAACAUCCCAAGUGAAACGUCUUCACAAAGCCUUUCGUGUUUCCAAGUAAGUGACUUUUUGACAGACAAUGAGCAACUUUGUGAUAAGAAUCAAUGCCAGAGCAUUGGAGAACUUGCAUCUUCACCCUUGGUUAAGCACAGAAGCAAACUAGAUGUGCUGUUACUCUACGAAGGGCAAAGAGCAGCAUGCGGUGAAUCACCUUUCUGCAGAUGGAAUUCUGCUCACGCUAGUGGUUUGUCAUUGCUACACCUGUGUUUAAAAAAAAAAAA